UAUUAGCGUCUGAUGGAUGUGUGCCGUGAUGUCUGUUCAGAGUGAGCUUCCAGCCGCUGACGGGGUGAGUUUGCACACCCGUCUUCGGCCCAUCGACAUCCAGGAUGAGGUCCGUGCUAGCAUGGUGCUGUCCGAACUAGCCGCCAAUCAUGACAGCCUUCAGGAUGAGCCGAUCAGAAUCGGCCUGCAGUCGCGAGUCGAGACACAGACGCAGAGACUGAGCAAUCGGCGCUACACUGUGAGCGUAGGCUUCAAACACCCGAGUCUCGCUAAACGCAGACGCCGUGCAAACUCUGAAUGUGACCCGGUUCUGCCCUCCAACUUCCUGAUGGGCGGGAACAUUUUUGACCCACUGAAUCUCAACAGCCUGUUGGACGAGGAGGUCAGUAAGGUGCUCAACGCCCAGACGCCCAAAUCCUCGCCCCUUCCCAGGAAAAGCAGAGACCCAGUGGAGAUCCUGAUUCCCAAAGACAUCACCGAUCCUCUGAAUCUGAGCGGACGCGGCGGAGACGGAGCUGCGGGUGUGUUAGUGUCGCCUCUGAAGAUCCGGCGAAGACAUCGCAACCGACACCAUCCUGCAGCGAACGCUGAGCCAUCUGACAGUGAGAGGUCAAAGGUCAUCGACGGGUCGGGCGUGGCUGUUAGUUCAGACAAGCCUGUAAAGGAGGCACCGUGUUCUUACGAACUCAACACGUCAAUCAACUGCCGUGAUGAACUGGUGCCGCUCAUUCUCCCGCGGCGACGGUCACACCCUUCAUCGUUAAGCUCCGCCCCCCAGACGCAGCCAUCCAAACACAGGAAGCGCAGACAAACCAACAGCCAUUCGGACCGCCUGUCCAUCACUCCGACUAAGCAGACGGUCGCACACAGCCAGGCCUUCCACACUCCUGUUGUGGGCGGAGUCAGAGGAGCUCCGCCUCCGGGGGCGGGGAAAACCCUGCACAAGACACCCCGCACAUUCCAGUAUGGAAGCUACAGCCGUUACUAUGGUUACCGCACGCCGUCACCGAGUGCAGACCCUCGCCUGGCCGUGUUCAGACCCGAGUGGUUCUGUGGGAAGAAGGUCCUGGAUGUGGGCUGCAGCACUGGUCAUGUGACCCUCGCCAUUGCUGGACACUGGAGCCCCGAGCGUGUGCUGGGCGUCGACAUCGAUGGAGCGCUGGUGCGCCUCGCCCGGCAGAACCUGCGCUACUUCCUGUCCGAGAUGACGGGGUCGAGUGGUGGGCUGCCGGGGGAGCGGUCAGAGGUCAGAGGUCAGAUGGGGUUGGCGCCUCUGAUGGGCCUGGAGCUGGAGUGCGGUCAGGAGGCGUUACGCAGGUUUCCUGUGUCUUUCACACGCUUCCGUGGACCUAUCGCUGCUCCUCCCAUAAUGCCUCACACCCCCGGCCUGUUCCCCAGCAACAUCUACUUCCUGAAGGGUGACUAUGUUCCGGACAGUGACGAGGCUGUGAUGUCUCAGUGUGCCGAGUAUGAUGUAAUUCUGUGUCUGAAUUUGACAAAGUGGGUUCAUCUGAACUACGGUGACGCUGGAAUCCAGAGACUGUUUCAGCGCAUCUACAGACACCUGUUACCUGGAGGAGUACUGAUCCUCGAACCCCAGCCCUGGAGCUCCUACAGCCGGCGGAAGAGACUCACGGAGGUGACGUACAGGAACUACAGGAGCAUCAGACUGAAGCCGGAUCAGUUCAGCUCUUUCCUGAUGGAUGAGGUGGGCUUCAGCAGCUACGAGCUGAUCGGGACGCCUCACAGCAGCUCUAACGGACUUCAGAGGUCGAUUUACCUGUUCCAUAAAGGCCCCGCCUCCAACAGGAAGUGAGUCUCAGAAAGCGUUGGAAUCCUCAUAUGAUCUUCUGAUUUGAACACAAACACAUGUGGUUUUGUAGCGUUAAGCUUCUAAGGUUUAUUUCUUCCUGUGCCCUGCGGAGGCUGGGCUGGACUACUUCCUGUUUGCUCAGUCUUAACGGUCUGAACAUCAGAGUUUGCUGCAGCAGACUGCUUGACCUCUGACCUCAGGCGGGUCAUUAUUGUUGUACUGGUGUGUGAUGCUGACUGAGCUUCAUAUCUGAUGUGUCUGGUCUGAGUGUGAAUAAAUCUGAUGUGUUUCUCAUCUCUGAAA